GGAAGUGAACUCAGAGUUGACAGUUGACAGGCCAUUGCAAAGAAAGACUGGCGUGAUGUUGACAAUUAUAUCCUUUGCUUGCAUAGUUGGGGUAAUUUUUAUACUUAAAUAUAUCUUCGGCAGCUCAGGUCCGAACCCCUUCGAGAAGGACUGUCGAGAGCCGCUGAAAAAGAAGGUUUACGACAAGAAAGAAAAAAAUAAAGUCCUUAAGCAAGGUUUCUUGGCCAGUAAAGUACCAGACAACCUUGAUGCAGUUGUCAUUGGCAGUGGUGUUGGUGGACUCGGCCUGGCUGUGUUGCUAGCUAAAGUUGGAAAGAAGGUUCUUGUUCUAGAGCAGCAUGAUCGGGCCGGGGGAUGCUGCCACACAUUCACAGAGAAGGGCUUUGAGUUUGAUGUUGGUAUCCACUACAUCGGUGAACUUUUGGAACACAAGCCUUUUCGCUGCAUGCUGGACCAGAUGACCAAUGGACAACUGCAGUGGGAGAAGCUGGAGAACCCAUUUGACCACGUUGUGUUGGGACCUCCUGAAAACCGGCGCUCCUACCCCAUCUACAGCGGCAGCACUCGCUUCUGUGAAGAGCUGAAGAAGCGCUUCCCUGGAGAGGAGAAGGUCAUUGACGAGUACAUGAAGCUGGUGAAGAAAACUGGGCGGGGUGUCUGGUUCCUGGCUCUGCUGAAGCUCUGCCCCAUACCCUUGGCCAAGUUCCUGAUCCACACUGGUCUCGUCAAACAUCUGUCUUUCUUCUUCAAAAUGGCGCCGCGCAGCCUGACAGAUGUGGUCAAUGAGCUGACAGAAAACAAGGACCUCAGAGCUGUCUUUACCUACAUCUUUGGCACCUACGGGAACAAACCAAAAGAUGCCAGCUUUGCCAUGCACAGUUUGCUGAUAACCCACUACCUAAGCGGAGCCUGGUAUCCUAAAGGAGGCAGCAGUGAGAUUGCUUACCAUAUGAUUCCCAUCAUUGAGAAGGCAGGAGGUGCCGUUCUGGUUCGAGCCCCAGUCAACCGUAUCUUGUUCAACGAUGCAAAGGAAGCUUAUGGUGUGAGUGUGUUAAAAGGUCAGGAGGAGGUGCAUGUCCAUGCCCCUAUGGUCAUUUCUGAUGCUGGUAUCUUCAAUACCUACGAGAAGCUGCUGCCCAAGGAGCUCCAGGCCAUGCCAGAUAUCCAGAAGCAGCUAAGUAUGGUGAAGCACGGUGAAGGAGGCUUGAGCAUCUUUGUGGGUCUGAAUGGAACCAAGGAGGAGCUGGGCCUGAAAGCAAACAACUACUGGAUCUUUGCUGAGAACAAUUUUGAUGAACUGGUGGAGAAAUAUAUGAAUGAGGAGAGAGAAAAGGCUUCUAAAAAAAUCCCCUUGCUGUUUGUUGCCUCCCCAUCAGCCAAAGAUCCAUCAUGGGAGGAGAGAUCGCCAGGAAAGUCUACUUUGAGCCUGGUCAGUUUUGCCAAAUACUCGUGGUUUGAGGAGUGGAAGGACGGCAAAGUGACGAACAGAGGGGCCGACUACAAAGAGCUGAAGCAAGCAUUCAUCAACUCCGCCCUGGAUGUGGUGAUGGAUGUUUUUCCAAAGAUCACCAGAGACAAGAUAGAGUACGUCGAUGCUGGAACCCCCAUCACUAACACACACUACAUCGGAGCACCCAAAGGUGAGAUCUACGGAGUGGACCACGGCAUCGCUCGGUUCAGCCCUGAACUCAACGCUACAAUAAGACCUCAGACUCCAUUGAAGAACCUCUAUCUGACAGGCCAGGACGUGUUUUUGUGCGGUUUUGCUGGCGCGCUCGCCGGAGCUCUCACCUGUGGCUCGGUUAUUCUCAACCGCAACCUGCAUCUGGAAACCAUCGCCUUGGCAAAGAGAACAAAAUAUGUGAACAACAAGCUGAAAGACGAGUAGCUGCUCUUAUUUACUGUAUUUCAACAUAUUCUUCAGUUUGAUUACACAGCUUUUGUCAAAUCUGGUGAGGUUUUAUAGUGAAUGAUGGAGUCCACAGUCUGGUGCAGGUUGGAUAAUGACGAGUGAGGAAAUGCCUAUAUUGAAAUUUUUGUGUAUAUAUGUUGGUUUUGUUUGCAAAGAAGUAAAAAAUAAUGACUAAUUUCAUUGUCACUAAAGGGACAGAUCUGCAAAAUAAUUUUUUAUCAGUCUGCCGGCGAUUUAUUCAGAUUGUUUGCUCCUAUUUUCUUAGAAAACCUUUUAAUCAACUUGAAUAAUGAAUUUGACUGCAUUGUUUAAUAGGAUCAACAGGAAUUAAUGUAUUUAACUUGGAAUCUGUAUGGUGCGAUUGAAUUGACUUUGAAAAGUGCCUUGAGACGACAUGUGUUGUGAAUUGGGGGUGUAUAAAUAAACUGAAUUAUUUACCUUUUAUUAAACACCGAUGACAUGUUCCCCUAAUUUUAAACACGCAUGUGAUUGGCAGUUUGGCUUCUGUACACAUGUAAAACCUUAAAUAAAUUUAUUUGGAGCUUCA